UUCUGGUGGUCUGCUGAGGAGAAUGAGAAGCUCCUACAGUUUUGGGAAACUUAUAUCUUAAUAAUGGAAACUUUGGAAGGAAACCAGAUCCAUGUCAUAAAGCCGGUAUUACCAAAACUAAACAGUUUGUUUGAGCAUGCUAUAUCAGGGGAAGGAGGUUGUUGGUUGUUUCACCCAUCAUGGCACAUGUGCAUUUAUAAACGAAUGUUUGAGAGUGAGAAUAAAACACUGACAAAGGAGGGCAUUCUUCAUUUUCUGGAGCUUUAUGAAACAAAGCGUCUUCCCAAUUCACUUGGUUUUUCAGAGUUUGUUAUUGGACCGUUAAUGGAUGCCCUCUCCGAAAGUUCCCUCUAUAGCAGGACACCAGGUCAGUUAAUGGGCGCCUGUCCUCCUCUGGGAACGAGGCUGCAGAAGUUUUUGGCUACUUACAUCAUGCUUCUUCCAGGGGAAGAAAAAGGUAGCUUCCUGUUAAAAUUUAUUCAGAAGAUGACAAGUAGGCAUUGGUGUGCUGUUCCUAUUUUGUUUCUUUCUAUGGCGCUGGCAUAUAUCCCUGAGUGUAAAGUACUGGGUACUGAAGGACUUCAUGCUUUGAGAGAUGUCCUCCAGUGCACUAUGAUUACGCAUCAGAUUUUGUUGCGUGGAGCUGCACAGUGCUAUCUUCUUCAAACAGCUAUGCAUUUGACAGAUGUGGAGAAAGUGUCCUUCCCAGAAGUUUCAAGCUUUCUUCUGUCCCUUAGACCAGAGGAGUCCCUAAGGAGAGAUACUAUGUUAUGGAUGGAGCUUUGCAGUUGGUUGCAAGUGAAUGAAAGAUGCUUCAGAAAGUCUGUAACCUCUGAUUUUGAGCAUCAAGAGACACCGUCAUUGUGCCAGUAUGUAUGCAGUCUUGUGGGAGAGUACCUUAAGACUCCGGUGUCUGAAAGAGAAAAUUGCUUUAUGCCUGACUGGUUUGAAGCUAAGCUUGUCGCAACAAUGAUUCUGUUGGCUGCAGACGUGGAGCAGAUGAGGAAUAAGCACAGUGGAAAAAGCAACAUAGAAUGGAUUGAACUAGAGGCUUUCUUGAACCCUCUUCUGGAUGUCUUGAUGAAACUUGGCAGUAAUGCUUACAUACCAACACUGAAAACAGAUAAAAGCCUACAGCUUCUCUUGAAGUUAUUGCAGACCCGUUCGUUAAAAUGUUCCAAUACGCAAGAUGAUGGUGUAUUGUUUUUUAUCUGGAAAUCUCUUACGACACCUGUGGAGAGUAUUCUUGAAUUUGUUCUCCGACGGCUUACUGCAAAUGAGUUAAGCACUGUUGGUGAUUUGGAUCGCUGUGAUCUAUACUUAGCUUUAAUUCCAGAGACAGUGAAUCUGUGCUUGCAAGUCAGCUGGAAGAAAGUACCAUAUAUCAAGAAUUUCAUUAUGUCCCUGACAAAUGCAUCUAUUCGUAAUCUUCAAGAGAGAAAUUGUGAAGAGGAGCCAAAGCUUCAAGAACAAAUUAAAAAAGUAGCUAGCAUGGCUUCACUUACGGCAGUUUGUGAAUUAAUGGAUCGGAAACGUGAAGCACACCUUGACUCUCUGCCUUCUGUGGAUGCUCUGAAGAGAUUUAUUUCCUUUUCGCAAUUCAAUGAUGUGUUAAAGAAGCCAUCUUAUAUUGGAGAAGAAAGUAGCUUAUGUGAAGAAACAACAUCCCAAGGAUGGGGGAAAAUUGUUGCACGCUAUGUUCGUGACCAGUGGAUUUGCCUUCGUUUUGUUUUAAAUUCAUUUCCUACGCUGGCUCAGGAGCAUAAAGAAACUUCAGAAAUGUCCUUAUCUACAGUUGAAAGGUCAAGAGAAGUUCUGCAGUCUGCAUUAGAAGCCCUAACUAUUCUUCCUUCAGACCAAGUUUUACCUGUGUUCGACUGCAUGAAAGUCCUUGUGCCCAAGCUUCUGGACUCCUCGGAGCCUCUCUGCAUAGAAGCAUUUGAUUUGGCUUGGAAAAUUGUAUCUUCUUUGAGCAAUACACAGCUGAUAUUUUGGUCCAAUCUAAAAGCUUUUGUUCAGUUCAUCUUUGAUACUGAGGUUCUAGCUGUUGCUGCAAGUGCAAAGGGUCAAGCAUAUGCCAAAAUAAAGGAGAUAAUUUUCAAGCUGAUAGAUAUGUCCACUACAAAGACUGGAGUCUUCAAUGUAGUCCUUAGUCAUUGUUGUCGAUCUUGGAUAUUUCCCACUGUUGAUGAGAGAAAGGCCUUGACAAAUGCUUUCUUAAAUGCUGGAAAUUAUUGUGAACUUGUCACUGAGGCUUGUGUCUUUGGAACUGUAUUUAGGAAAGAUCAGAGACUUAUUCAGGAUGUGCAUGCCUUCGUAGAAAAUCUUGGAGAACAAUGUGCAGCAAAUGUUGUUACAGAAAG